AUGGAUGCGAAGCCACAGCGUAUUCGCGUCCGCGGGGACGAAAAUGUGCCGCCCUCGUUCCAUGCCAACAAGGCGAUCCACCAACGCAACAAGUCUACUUCCGCGCUCAGCCUGAUGGCCCAGAACGCGAAGAACGGCAAUGCUAUCAUCACUCGCCGAGCCUUCGGCGACUUGAGCAACGCUAAGCCAAUUUGUGAUGAUUCGGUUUUGCCUGGUAAGCCUGCUGUUCAGGUGACCAAUAAUAAACACGCUCUUGCGCAGCCCGCCCAGCGCCCUCUGUCGAUGUCGGGCAUGAAAGGCGUACUCAACAAUGUCGCAUCGAAGCCGGUCAACCCUGCCGGCAAAGCCCAGGCUACUGCGACUCAGAACAAUGUUAAGCGCACCAAUGUGGUUUUCCGCGAUCAGCUGGAGCCCGUUGUCGAGAAGGAACCAUCCAAGGAAGGAAUCAUCACCACCCAGCCCGCUCGCUGCGACGAACGGCUCAAUGCGAAAGAAAUUGCGCGAAACAUUGUCGACAAGGACGACGAUGACGAGAAACAGGAGUACUUUGACCUCCCGUCAGAGGACUCUGCCAUCAAUGAAUACAUUAGCGAGAACAGCCGCCAGUGGAGUGCCAUGCUCCCACCGCAGGUAGAGCCUACCAAGCCUGCUCCUGCUGUAGCUAAUGUGGGCAAGCCCCGAGCUCUUCGUGUGGAACCACUGGCCAACGCUGGUAUCGGUUCAAUUGAGUAUCGGUCUCAGGACGCCACUGCUCCAGCUUUGUCAGAGGUUGAGGAUUCGGAGGACGAAGAGACCCGUGGCCAUUCCUUCCGCACUGAGAACACCACUGGUGGCACGACCACAGUGAUUUAUCCUCGGUCCACCGCUGCGAUCAAGCGCGAGCUCUUGCAGGCCCAAUCCAUUGUUGAAGCCAACCAGACCGAGGAAGAGAUCGAGGAGGAUUUCUAUGACUCCAGCAUGGUCGCUGAAUACAGCACCGAGAUUUUCGAGCAUCUGCGGUACAAAGAGAUUGCCAUGUUGCCCACUCCUGACUACAUGGCCAACCAGGCCGAGAUCCAGUGGUCAAUGCGCUCCGUCCUCAUGGACUGGCUGGUGCAGGUCCACUUCCGUUUCGGUCUCCUCCCGGAGACACUGUUCCUGUGUGUCAAUCUGAUCGAUCGAUUCCUGUCGAACAAGAUCGUCUCACUGGGAAAGCUCCAACUGGUCGGCGCCACCGCCAUCUUCAUCGCUGCGAAGUAUGAGGAGAUCACGGCUCCCUCCGUCGCGGAGAUCCAUUACAUGGUCGAUGGAGGCUAUACCGUGGAUGAGAUUCUCAAGGCUGAGCGUUUCAUGUUGAAUAUUCUCAACUAUGACAUCGGCUGGCCUGGUCCCAUGAGUUUCCUCCGACGUAUCAGCAAGGCCGACGAUUAUGAUCUCGAGACCCGUACUGUGGCCAAGUACUUCCUGGAACUGACCAUUAUGGAUGAACGCUUCGUCGCCACCCCUCCCAGUUUCAUCAGCGCAGCAGCCCACUGUCUCUCUCUUCUGAUGCUGCGAAAGGGAUGCUGGACUAUGGCUCAUGCCCACUACAGCGGCUAUCUCUAUUCUCAGCUCGUUCCCGUCAUGUCGACGAUGCUGGAAUGCUGUGAGGACCCGCAGCGUCACCACAUGGCAAUCUACGACAAGUACUCGGAUCGCCGAUUCAAGCGCGCCUCUACCUUUGUAGAGGACGAGAUCAAGGGUGGCUUCAAGUUGCCUCGUACCACCCCUUUCCACGACCGUGACCGUCUGGACGGCGUGGCCAACUACUAA